CCUAACCUCAAAUAAAGUUGGUUGUCAAAUUUGACAUAUUUUUUAAAAAGGUGUUUUAUUUUAGCUAAAAAAUGACCCACAAGGAGGAUUUAUCAGAUAUAAAUAAGUUAAUAAGUGAUAUUAAGCAAAAAAAAUUAAUAACUUCUUAUGAAAUAGCUCUUAAAACUGAAGAAAUUGUAGAAGCCUUGAUUUCUAAAAGGAAUUGGAAACAUGCAGAUGAAUUAAUGGAUUUGAUUAAACUUUGUAUAAAAUUCUGUACAGAAUGUUUGCCACAAGAAGCCACUGCCACAAACAUAAUGAGGCACAUUUUAAAAGUAAUAAGGGAAGAAUUUGAAGUAGUUAGCAAGAAAAAAACUGAAAUUCAAUCCUUGCAUCAAUUAGUAACAGCAAAUCCCAAUGAUGUGUUGGAUUAUACAACUCCCCUGAAAGAUUUAAAAAUGAGUUUAUUAGACCAUUUGUCUGAGUAUAAAGUAGAAUUAGAAACAAGUACUGACAAUAUUGCCACACAAGCGGCAGAACAUAUUCAUACAAAUGAAAUUAUUUUAACUGUGGGUAAAUCAAAUUUAGUUGAGAAGUUUUUGAAGAAUGCUGCUAAAAAGAGGUCUAUAAAUGUUAUUGUUUUGGAGCAGGCUCCAUUAUACCAGGGACAUGAAAUGGCGGCUCGUCUAGCAAAAGCCAACAUUCAAACAACAAUAAUCCCCGACUCGGCUGUAUUUGCAAUGAUGUCAAGAGUAAACAAAGUAAUCAUUGGUACCCAUACAGUAUUAGCUAAUGGAGGCCUAAGAGCUGCAAGUGGAGUACACAGCAUAGCUUUAGCUGCUAAACGCUAUUCUGUACCGGUUAUGGUGUUAUCUCACAUGUACAAAUUUUCACCAAUUUAUUCAGCUUCACACAAACAAGAAGCUUUUAAUGUUAUGGCAUCUCCAGCGAACGUUUUGCCAUAUUCAAGUGGACCUAUUUUGAAUAAGGUGCAAGUACUGAACCCUGUUUUUGAUUAUGUGCCCCCGGAGCUGGUAACUUUAUUCAUUUCUCAUCAAGGUGGAAAUGCUCCUUCAUAUGUUUACCGAUUGCUCUCGGAAUUGUAUCAUCAAGAUGACUAUUAUUUGUAAAUAUUGUAUUAAAAUUGAAACUAUAUAAUUGUACACAAAACUUUUAUUAAAUAUUCUUAAAUACACACAGUUUUAUUUAUUUACUUAUUUAUAUGGGCUUAAUUUUAAAGUGGAGUCCAAUUAAUGAAAAAACCAGGCAUUUUAAAUCCUGAACCAAGUAGUAGAAACAUCUUAAUCCUUCAGGAUCUUUGGAUUGACUAACAUCAACCAAAGACCCUGUUUUGGAGGUGGUGAAAGAAAUGUGUUCAUCGUUAAUCACAAUUUCCAACUCUUGCCUUCCAAUCCUGUCUGGUGGUGGCCAUAAAGAAUCGUCUUCUUGCAUUAUUUCGGAAUCCACAAUAAUACGUUUUAAUUCUUCCAUUACGCAGUUGUGCGCGUAAACUUCUUUGCGGAUCAUCGUAUCAUUUUUGUAGUUGGAAUUGUUUGCGUACCUCAAUUUGCCAUCGGGACGAAAUUCGAACUCCAAAAACUCGUGGCCGAACUUUCCCUUGUGUCCGACGUAGUAACGAAUAUAAAAAUCUGCGGACAUUUUGCCUUUUAAACUAAUUUGGAACGAAAGAAAGCAAUUGAUCACGUCAACAAUUAAAACGGUAUUUUUAAGGUUAGUUUGGACAGGGACAGU